AUGGCAGAGGAUUCAGGCGGCGGAGGAAGGCCAUCCUGGGCGUUCGGGUCCAGGUAUAAUAGCCUGGAUAUAGAUCAACAAGAGUUGGAAUGGACAACAAAAGAAAGCAGUCGUGGCAACAAUGGGAAGAAACGAACAGCGAAUCGUUUGACGCAAAAGGAGAUCCAGUUCACAAAGCUGAUGAAAGUGGACAGUUACAAUGGACCACGUUUUUUGACCCUGAAGCGAACGGACCAGGACGAAACAAUGAAAACGGUAUCCCCGUUUUUCAUCAGGAAGGCAAUGAACAACAUAACCCCGAAUAUUACUAUUGUUAGGACAAAAGAUGGCGGCCUCUUACUCAAGACCGUUGACCGACAACAGGCAGAGAAACUGAAGAAGCAAAAGGUUUUCGGAGGAAUCAUCAACAUCGAAAUUUCCGAACACCCUACCUUGAACAGUUCUCGCGGAACCAUAUUUUGCCCUGAUCUCAAAAUGCACACUGAUGAGGAGAUCCUUGAUGAACUGAGCUCCCAACACGUGACUGACGUGAAAAGGGUUCAGCGUCGCAACAAAAAAGGUGAUGUCGAAGAUUCCGGAGUGUUCAUCUUAACGUUCGACCUUGGGCAUCUACCAAACUCGAUCGACGCUGGCUUCCAUUGCUGCAAAAUUAAGCAGUACAUCCCUCCACCACUACGGUGUAUGAAUUGUUUGAAAUUCGGCCAUAAGAAAUCAGUUUGCAAAGGCAACCAAAUAUGUGCCAGUUGUGCUAACCUCUAUCAUGACAAGACCCAGUGUCAACAAGGAUUGAAAUGCGUCGUAUGUCGUGGAGAUCAUCACACUUUGUCAAAGGACUGCCCUGUCUACAAAGAUGAAUUAGAGAUUCAACGCAUGAAGGUCGCGAAGCCAGACAAAAAAGAAGACUACAAGCAUCCGACCCUAAUCCUCCCAGGCUGA